CUGGUAGUAGGAGGUUUCCUCGAGCCCGGAAUCUCAUUUGUUUCUUCGCCACUUUUGGGGAGGCCGAGGGUCCGCACUCCUGCUCGCUCCACGACUGGUGACUAGUGAGAGUUGCGACUUCAAACAACUCUAUUGAAAAUAUAAUCAUUGUUCGGGUAUCACACAUUUCAACCGUUUUCGAAUAGUUUUAAAGCUGAGAUUUCAUACUAUCUGGAACCUACGUUUUAAAUGGAUUUAUGAGCCGAAGGACUGGUUACAAAAGUUGCUACUAUCGGAUAAACCCCCUCCAGAACAAAAAAAGGAACUACCGAACUUCUAUCUCAAGGUCUGCACACACACGCAUGGUCCAGAGUUGAUGCCCCUGCUGCCCAGAUGGAUUCCUCCAUACAGAGUGUCCCCCAGCUGUGAAGCCCGCGGGAGGAUGAGGACGAUGGGGAGUGUGCUGCUGCUGCUGCUCUGGGCUCUGGCUGCUCUGGUGUCACAGGCUCAGGCCAGACCUGCGCUCACUGAAGAAGAGCAUUCCCUUCCUGGGCACAUCCUACAGCCAGGCCUACCAGCCAAUCGGACAACAGUGGUGGGCAGUGAUGUGGAGUUCGAGUGCAAGGUCUACAGCGACCUCCAAGCACACAUCCAGUGGCUGAAACAUAUUGAGGUCAAUGGGAGUCACGUGGGUCCUGAUGGUCAACCCCUCAUCCAUGUCCUGAAGACCUCUGGAUCCAACACCACUGAAAAGGACAUGGAAGUCCUCCAAAUAAGGAAUGUGUCCCUGGAGGAUGCCGGGGAGUAUACCUGCGUCGCUGAAAGCUCCUUGGGGCGUUUUCAUCAUUCGGCUUGGUUAACCGUUUACAAAGAUCCCCUGAUGUCUUCUGAAGAUGACGAUGAGGAAGAGGACGAGUCGUCAUCUGAAGAGGCCAAGCUCUCCAGUAGCCAGAAAUUGAUGCCAAUGGCCCCACAGUGGGCUCAGCCCGAGAGGAUGGAGAAGAAGCUUCAUGCCGUCCCGGCCAGCAAGACGGUGAAGUUCCGCUGCCAGGCCAGUGGCAAUCCCAUGCCGACGCUAAAGUGGUUUAAGAACGGCAGGGAGUUCAAAAGGGAUCAGCGCAUCGGUGGAUUCAAGGUGCGAGAGCACAUGUGGACCAUCAUCAUGGAGUCUGUAGUGCCCUCAGACAAGGGGAACUACACCUGUGUGGUGCAGAAUCAGCAUGGCAGCAUCAACCACACUUACCAGCUGGAUGUCGUAGAGCGCUCACCUCAUAGGCCUAUCCUACAAGCAGGCCUUCCAGCAAAUCGCACUGCGGUGGUGGGCAGUGAUGUCGAGUUUGUUUGUAAGGUCUUCAGUGACCCCCAGCCCCACAUCCAGUGGUUGAAGCAUAUUGAAAUAAACGGGAGUCGUUACGGAUCUGAUGGCUUGCCAUAUGUCCAAGUGCUAAAGCAUUCAGGGGUGAACAGCUCAGACACUCAAGUGCUGAUGCUCUCCAAUGUGACUGAGGAGGAGAGCGGAGAGUAUAUAUGUAAAGUGUCCAAUUAUAUAGGCGAGGCCAAUCAGUCGGCCUGGCUCACUGUCACUAGGCCAAUGGCUCAAGCCGUGCCCCCCUCUCCCCUGCCCAAUCAAACCUAUCUGGAGGUCCUGAUCUACUGCGUCGGCUUCUUCGUCAUAUGUGUGAUGGUGGCCUUCGCAGUCAUCGCCAGGAUGCACAGCUCGUCCAAAAAGAGCAACUUCAACAGUCAGCUCGCCGUGCACAAGCUGGCCAAGAGCAUUCCUCUGCGCAGACAGGUGUCUGUGGACUCCAGCUCCUCCCUGCACUCCGGGGCCAUGCUGGUGCGUAACUCGCGCCUCUCCUCCGGUGGCUCGCCCAUGCUCUCGGGGGUCUCCGAGUACGAGCUGCCCCAGGACCCACGCUGGGAGCUGACCAGAGAGAGGGUAGUUCUCGGGAAGCCACUUGGUGAAGGAUGCUUUGGGCAAGUGAUGAUGGGUGAGGUCAUGGGAAUGGAUAAAGACAAGCCAAACCGUGUCACCAAAGUGGCCGUCAAGAUGCUGAAAUCUGAUGCCACAGAAAAAGACCUGUCAGACCUGAUCUCAGAGAUGGAGAUGAUGAAGAUUAUUGGCAAACACAAGAACAUCAUCAACCUGCUUGGAGCCUGCACACAAGAAGGUCCGCUCUAUGUCAUUGUGGAGUUUGCCUCCAAGGGCAACCUGAGGGAGUACCUAAGAGCUCGCCGCCCUCCUGGUAUGGAGUACUGCUACAAUCCAGAUCAGGUGCCAAUUGAGAACAUGUCCAUCAAAGAUCUAGUAUCCUGCGCGUAUCAAGUGGCAAGAGGGAUGGAGUAUCUGUCAUCUAAAAAGUGCAUACACAGGGACCUGGCUGCUCGCAAUGUUCUGGUGACCGAGGACAAUGUGAUGAAAAUAGCAGACUUCGGAUUGGCGCGAGAUAUCCACCACAUUGAUUAUUACAAGAAGACCACCAAUGGUCGUUUGCCAGUGAAGUGGAUGGCUCCUGAGGCUCUAUUUGACAGGAUAUACACGCACCAGAGUGAUGUGUGGUCUUUUGGGGUGCUCCUCUGGGAGACCUUUACUUUAGGGGGCUCCCCAUACCCUGGUGUCCCCGUUGAGGAACUCUUCAAGCUGCUUAAGGAAGGACAUCGCAUGGACAAGCCCACAACCUGCACCCAUGAGAUGUAUAUGAUGAUGAGGGAUUGCUGGCAUGCAGUUCCUUCUCAGAGACCAACAUUCAAACAGUUGGUGGAGGACCUUGACCGUACGCUUUCCAUGACCUCCAACCAGGAGUAUCUGGAUCUCUCUAUGUCUCUGGACCAAUACUCCCCCAACUACCCCGACACGCGCAGCUCCACCUGCUCCUCGGGGGAGGACUCCGUGUUCUCCCAUGAUGCCGGCGUGGACGAGCCCUGCCUGCCAAAGUUUCCCCCUCACCCGAGCAGGGUGGCAUUCAAGAAGCGCUGAUGCUGCAAGUCGUCGUCUUUUUGUCUCUGCAGAUACCCACACUCAUGCUCAACAAACUAAUCACACACACACACACACACACACACACAAACUCCUACACACACACACUCCUUCACACACACGCACUCCUAAACACACCUUGCAAACUCUUCUCUGUUCACCCCUGAGCUGGACUUCAGUGGACUCCGGAGAUAAAGCUCAAAUUGGGGAUGUCCGUAAGCAAGUGUGCUGUAAACAUUAUAAACAGAAGUGCUGUUGGUACAGAU